AAAAUGGGAUCAAUACCUCAACUCUCAAUUGUUAAAGGGCCUACUCGACGUCUUCAAAUAAAUACACUUCACGAUAUUUUCGAGAACAUCGCAACAGGGCAAUACGAAAAUAAUACUGCGCUUAUAUUCGAAGUUGAUGGAAAAAUUAGACAGCAUUCUUUCGCCGAACUGAACAGCUUCGCCAACAAACUGGCGAGAACCAUCCAAAGUUUCAUCUGCUCCAAAAAUCUUCCAAGAAAUAAAGAUGGAGAUUACAUCGUUGCUGUGAAUAUGCACCCCAGUGAUCACCUAGUGAUGGUGCUGCUUGCUAUUUGGAAAGCUGGUGCUGCUUACAUGCCUCUAGAUCCAGCAUUUCCCGGACCAAGAAUCGAACAUAUAGUAAAGGAAGCUAAUCCAGUCUUGAUUAUUUUUGACGAAGAUUCAGACUUCUACGGGGAUACUCCUAAAUUGUCUUUCAAUGAGCUCGUGCACCAAUGUAAGAGUCAAGCGAAGGGAAAUCUUCUGGAAAAUGAGAGACUCCAACAUCUGAAACUCGAUCUUGCAAUAGUUUUGUAUACUUCUGGUAGUACUGGUAUUCCGAAAGGUGUACGUUUGCCACACAAAGUAAUUCUGAACCGUCUACAAUGGCAAUUCAAGAGGUUUCCUUACAGCAACACAGAGAAUGUAUGCGUUUUCAAAACAGCCUUGACGUUCGUCGACAGUGUAUCAGAAAUUUGGGGCCCUCUUCUGAGAGGACGAUCCAUUCUUGUGGUUCCCAAAGUCAUUACUAAGGAUCCCGAAAAUUUGAUUGCCUUGUUAGAGAAAUAUAAGGUUGAGAGGCUUAUCCUAGUUCCAACACUUCUGAAGUCCCUCUUGAUGUAUCUGAAACUAAAAGGCGAGAAAUCUACAUUGAGGAACUUGAAGACGUGGAUAUGUUCUGGAGAAAUCUUGACAGUGUCUCUAGCAGAAGAAUUCUAUAGAUGGUUUUCUGAUAAAGACCAUCAACUCUGUAAUUUUUAUGGAAGCACGGAAAUAAUGGGAGAUGUAACUUACUUUGUUGUUCCUGGACUACAAGAACUGAAACAUAUGGACAAAAUACCGAUAGGUAUUCCAGUGGACAACACAAUCGUCUACCUUCUAGAUAAUGAGUUUCGACCUGUGAAAUCCGGUGAUAUAGGAGAAUUGUUUGUUUCUGGAUCCAACCUAGCUGCUGGUUACGUAAACGGAAGAGAUCCUGAAAAAUUUUUAAAAAAUCAAUUAACCAUCGACCUAACAUACGCGAGACUUUAUCGCACGGGAGAUUUCGCCCGAUUGGAAAAAGGGGUGCUAUUUUAUGAAGGAAGAACGGAUUCACAAGUGAAAAUCAGAGGCCACAGGGUAGAUAUGAUGGAGGUGGAGAAAGCUGUCAGUUCCAUAGAUGGAGUAGAAAAAGCGAUAGUUCUCUGCUAUAAACCUGGAGAUAUUGAUCAAGCUCUGUUGGCUUUUGUGAAGUCUAACAAUUUGCAGAAUGAGCGCGGAAUCGAGAAUGCGAUCAAAGAGAAACUGACAUCGUAUAUGGUUCCCCAAGUGAUUCUAAUCGAGAAAGUCCCUCUUCUCGUCAACGGAAAAAUUGAUCGGCAAACCUUGUUGAAAUACUAUGAGAAUACAAACAAUAAUGAUGACUCCAAACCAGAAGUAGAAAUCGACUACGAAGGUGUACCUCCCCAUCAAAUGGAAGCCGCUAAAGUACUAUUUGAAACAGUUGGAUAUGUUUUGAACAGAUCGGCAAGAUUUGCAAUUUCAAUAAAGGCCAAUUUCUUUGAAAUUGGUGGAAACUCGCUAAACUCCAUAUACACUAUAUCCAGACUGAAUGAGCAUGGAUAUCAAAUCAAAAUCAGCGACUUUCUUUCUGCCGUGGACUUUGUAGAAGUUUUGUUACGAAUGACAUCAGAUACGAAAAUGAACAAUCAACUAGAUAGUUUUUCUAGCGAACUGCUACACCCAUCACAUAAGAACAUUGUUUCAGAUAUGAUCGCAGCAAGUUUCUACGAGAAGGCUGACUUAGAGCAAUGGAUCAAAUCAGAUGUUUCACUUUCUGAUUACUACGAACUUAUCGACAAACUCUGGGAACCUUUAUUAGAGAAGAAAUUGAGUUUCAUUAUAAAAACAAAGUCGGGAGAGAUUAUCGGAACAGCUUUGAACUUCGAUGUCAGAGAUGAGCCAGAAGUUGAGCUGCAGUCAAAGUUGACUGUCGUUUUCGAAUUUUUGGAAGCUAUCGAAGGACCAGUCAGGGACAGCCAACUUUCUCCAGAAAAAGGCGAAAAUUUGCAUUCAUUCAUGAUGGCCACCCACUCUUCCCUGACACCCAAAGAAAAUGUAGCUGUGAUGCAAUUCAUCGAAGGAGAAGUUUUGAAUCUUGCUGAAAGAAGACAUUUCAAAGGAGUUUUCACGACCAAUACCAACCCUUUGACCCAGCAAUUGGGAUACAUCUACAACUAUCAAGUUUUGUCUGACAUCCAAGUGAACCAGUACGUUGCUAGUGACAACACAAAACCAUUUGCAUUAGCGCCUGAUGACCAAAGGGCAAUAGUAUCGUGGAAAUCAAUAGUGUAAUUUUUGAUCCGAAAAUUAUUUCAUUAUUGACCAUUUUAUCAAGUCCAGAAUAUGAUCUGAAAUAGAACAGAUUGAUCUGUUAUAAUUAUUUUCAUUACUGUAGGUAGAGAAUAAACUCACUGGUAGAAGCAAUCAAGUAAUCGUCAAUCUGGAUACCAACAGGAGAGAACUGAAACUCUUAGUUAUAUUUUUUAAUAUAUUUGUAUAAUUAUUGUUUUUGUCAACUUCAAAAAUAUUUAUCUUCCUGAGUUACUGUAUAAUAUUGUAGAUACAAAGAUGUAAAUAGGUUUAUUGUUAGAAAUAAAUAAAAACGUUCCUCAUUAAAAUUU